UUGUCUUGCUUCACACCGCUUCACACUCAAAAGAUCGCAUCACGUUCUACUUUCUUGAAUCGACGUGUUAGGAUUAGGUGUGUUCCAAUUCACUCAGUUUUGUAUUGUACAAACAAGCAAUGGCUGAUAGUGGAGCAACCGGACGAAAGAUAGUUUUGGGUGUGGAUGCCAGCGACCACAGUGUGCGAGCUUUUGAUUGGUACAUCAAGAAUAUUUGUAAAAAAGAAACAGACACUUUACUUAUUAUCCAUGCCCAGGAGUAUCCAACCAUUCCUGCCGCUCCCUACCCCUAUGGUUAUGCAUACUAUGAGGAGUGGCAGCAUUUAGUGCAGAAGAGUGACCAGCAAGUGAAGGAACUGUUGGAAAAUUUUGGAACAAAAUGUAAAAAUCUUGAGCUAAAGUUCAAGUUGUACAAGGAGGAAAACAACAGGCCUGGAGAAGUGAUUUGCAAACUGGCAGAAGAUGAGAAUGCCCAGUUUAUAAUCAUGGGUUCCCGUGGUGUUGGAACACUGCGCCGCACCUUCCUUGGCAGUGUUAGUGAUUAUACUGUCCAUCACACCCACAUUCCUGUGGUGGUUGUUCCACCUCCUCAUCCUCACGGCAACCAUCCUCAUCCUCAUGCAAGUUAACAAUGAUGGCUGAUGACCCUUAGAGUACUUCAGUCAUGUGUUAUAUUAUUUUGCACUGAUUGCAUGUUGUCAAUAUUGCUCCUUGAUCUUGACAUAGAGAAGCAGAAUGAAACAAAUUAUGGUAAUUAAUUUGUCAGAGACUAUGAGGAAAUUUGACUGCAGGAAACUAGAUUGUUUCUUGUUGAUGGAAAAAAAAAAUUGGCCAUGUUUCUUUAUGAAGUAAGAUUCCUUUUUUCAGAAAUAAGUUGCAGAUCUCUAAAUUAUCUAUACUGCACUAUUCAUGAUUCAUUCCUUGUAGGUCAACUAUUGAUUCAUCUUUAUUCAAUUAUGCAUCUGGUUCUGUAAUAUGUGUUUGGUUUUGAAGUUGCUCAGAGGAGAAAUAAAAUAAUUAUUGAUAGCA